GGAUUAGACAACAAAUGUGCAGGGGUAUCGACUAGCACCUGCUAAUUAGAGGGCAUAAUGGAUAACGGCAAAUCGACCUCAGGGAUCACCUAACUCCGCUUUCCCGGCUAACUCCAGUGAUAAGUUUCAAAUGGACAUGCGAAUACCGAUGACAAAUGUGGGACAGCUGGACCUUAUAAUUGAUUAUCUUGCAGCUCUCGUACUCCCACUUCCUUCAACUUACUCGUUCUUAUACCUCUGACCCUCAAGACUUCAACUUCAAUUGAUCGACUCGCCCCACAAUGACCUCCAACGCCCCCGCUCAAUGCUGCACCGUCGGCGUCAAGCACGAGGGCAAAGCAGCUGGCAAAGUGCAGGAAUUCGGUGGCUACCAAGCCUAUGUCUCUUUCCCGCAAGAUAAAAGCACUACCUACGGCGUCCUCCUCCUGCCGGACGUCAUCGGCCACGAAUUCAUAAACGCCCAGCUCAUCGCCGACCAAUUCGCCGCCAACGGCUACUUCACCGUCAUGCCCGACCUCUUCUCCGGCGACCCGGUCAAGCUGAACCCCCCCGAGGGCUUCCAGAUCAUGGACUGGCUGCAGAACCACCUGCCCGCCAACGUUGAUCCGAUCGUGGCAGCCACAAUCGCAGCGAUGCGCAGCGCAGGCGUACAGAAGCUCGGGGCUGUGGGCUACUGUUUCGGCGGCAAGUAUGUGGCGCGAUUCCUGAACGCGAAGGGCGGCGUGGAUGCCGGGUUCACGGCGCAUCCGAGUUUCGUGGACGAGGAGGAGUUGAGGGGUGUGGAGGGGCCGUUGAGUAUUGCGGCUGCAGAGACGGACAAGAUCUUCCCAGCCGAGAAGAGGCGCCAGACGGAGGAUAUUCUCAAGGAGAUGAAGGCGACGUAUCAGCUGAACCUGUUCUCGGGCGUGGAGCACGGUUUUGCGGUCAGGGGCGAUGUGUCGCAGAAGCAGAUUCGGUUUGCGAAGGAGCAGGCGUUCUAUCAGGCUGUGCAGUGGUUUGAUGAGCAUGUCAAAGCGUAA